CAAUAUCUUCGAGCAGUAAUACACGGGUCACCAUAACCUCAUGAAGUGGGAUCCGGGCUCAUGGUGGUUGCGCCGUCUCUCCUGGUACUAGUCGCAAGACCGCAUCUCCCUACGCGGAAAGGCUGACGUUACGAAUCAAAACCUAGAUCCUCGAAGGACUGAUAGGGUGCCCUCCGUUCAACCAUGGCAGACGGGCUGGGAAGGGCGCGCGGUAACGGUUCUAGUAACGAUUCGGAUGCGUCGCACACCCCUGGCGUUUCUUCCCCGCUAUUUAGCCCUCGCCCUGAACAAACGAGCAGUUCACCACAAAUUCAGUCCCCUCGGAUCCCCGAUUUGGUUCGCGAUUCGAAACUUGAAACCCACUUUCUGCCUGAUAGCAGCGUUGAGACCGUGCAUACAUACCAUGAACCAGAUUAUAAAUCGCGACGUCGACUCGUCCCCCGAUUGGAACAUUGGACGCGACAUGAAAAGAUCGGCGGUGGGAGCUUUGGCAGUGUAUGGCUGGAAAAGUGUACAAAGGGAGCAAAACGGGACAAUGGACUUCGAGCCAUUAAGCAGAUGGAGGUGCGGCGAAAGUCUACGCUGCUGAAUUAUAAUCGCGAGUUGGAGGCGAUAGCCAAGUUUUCGCAUUGGAAGUACGAGCGUGCUUUUGUGAAAUCGUUCGGUUGGUAUGAAAGUCCGGAACACUUAUACAUCGCGAUGGAAUACCUCGAGCUGGGCGAUCUGCAUACAUAUCUGCACCAUAAGCCCCCGCUACCAGAGCACGAGGCGAAGGAGAUCACAUUUCAAAUCCUGGAUGGUCUCUUUUUGAUGCAUGACAAUGAGUUCGCUCACCGUGACAUGAAGCCUAGGAAUAUUCUUCUUAAGUCGUGUCCCCCAGAUGAGUGGUGGGUCAAGAUCGCGGACUUUGGCAUCAGCAAACGAAUUGAAGAUGAAAUUGGACUAUCAUCAACGCUGAAAGGGACACUAGGCUAUAUAGCGCCCGAGCUGCACGGCUUCAUAACGCGUGGUAGCCCGUAUGCGCCCGACAUUUGGUCGGUUGGAGAAAUUGCUUUUCAAAUGCUCACCAAGCAAUCGACGUUUAAGAAUCUCGGCGUGCUUUUCCAAUACAUGGGCAAUCUCGAUUUGUUUCCCUCUGAUCUACUGGCCGCAGCUCGUGUUAGCAAAAGCGGUCAAGGCUGCAUUUUGUCCCUUAUGCACCCUGACCCUUCUCUACGUACAACCGCCGAGGUAGCUUUGCAGCAUGCGUGGUUCGAGGAGGCCGUACCAUCCCGUCCUGGCUCGAUUAGAUCGGCUCGCAACAUACGACCAGCCUCAGUAACAGAUGCAGGGACCGAGGAGCUCGCCACGUGGAAUACGAUUGCCACACAGGAAUCAGAGGGUAACUCGUCGAAUAAGAUUAUCGACAACGAGAUUGGCACAUGGGGCACCAGGGUUACCCACGAACUACAGAAUAUCCUCGACCCUAGGCAGGUUGAGGAUCUUCAGAUCGGGUUGAGGAGCGCUCCUUUGCCCGGAGAGCAAGAGGAUCCUUCGACCGACAAGCAAGACCCCAUUGUUAGCAACCCGAAAAUCAGGUGGAGCACGGUUUCAAUGGCAUCUUCACUGCAAGUGCAUCGUUCCACCGACGACGAAUCUGAUGGGGACACAGCUUCACUCGUAUCCCCCCUUGGAAUGACUGGUCCCGACGACGUUCAAUCCGAUGUGGAUGGGGAUGAAAUGUCCCAGAGUCAGGGCUCCGCAGGUGCAUCCAAUGAAUCUGUCGAUAGUUUGGCUGGGAAUUCCCGAGAACAUUCCGUCGGUCGGACCGAGAACCCUCAGUAUAUGAAUGAGGGAACAGUGCUGUCCAAUCGUCCAUAUAAUACGGCAGAGGCAUUCUACGAGAGUGGGGCACAUACCGCCAACCAAGACAAUUCGUUUGAUCCAUAUCGAACUUGGAAUGAGCCACGAAUUGCUGUUCCAAUGUCCCCGGCACAAGACCGCAAUGGGAGUGCACAAACCGUUGACGGGGAACCUGAAACUUUUAUUGCUCAGAGAAUGAAGGAAAUCAUGGAUCUGAGGGAUCUUCAGGGUUCAAUAACUCGGGAAAUCUCGCCUGGGGAAUCGGCAAACUCCCAGUACAGUGAGUCACCGCCAAGGAAACUGGCUGCCUGCAUUAUUUCAUAGACCGCAGAAUGACGUUUUGCUAUGAGCUGAGCUCUAGACCCUAGAGAAAGCCCGGCCCCUUGGGCAUUUGGAAUCACGUCCACGAGUGAACGACC